AUGGUGGCCCAAACUCGCGGCCAGAUUUCUCCUCGCAAGCUCAAGUUUCAGCAGAAGCUAGGCGGCCGCGGUCAAACGACAGAUGCCCUCCAAAAGAAACUCAAGACGCUGCACGGUGAACUCCGGGACAUGGACCAGGAGCAGGUCGACGUGAACUCGUUGUCUGGCGUCCGCAAGGAGCUCAUCGAGGACACCGUUCUCAUGCACAAGGACACCGGAGUCAAAGCGUACGCGGCAUGCUGCAUUGCGGACCUCCUCCGCCUCUAUGCACCCGACGCGCCCUACACACAGCGCGAGCUCGAGCGCAUCUUCUCCUUCUUCUUCCAGCAACUCGCACUCUACCUCAAGGGCGGUGACUCGCCGUACUACGAGGAGUACUUCGAUCUUCUCGAAAGUCUGUCGACCGUCAAGAGCGUUGUGCUCGUCUGCGACCUCCCGGAUGCCGACAGACUCAUGAAUGAAGCGUUCCGCAAGCUGUUCACAAUUGUGUGCCACAACCCGCCGAAGAAGAUCGAGCUCUUUGUGGCCGACAUUCUCAUAGCACUCAUUGACGAGUGCCAAAGCCUACCUAAUGGUGUAUUGGAGUGUCUGCUGUCGAAGUUCAUGGUUGAGGAUCUCCGUAUGGAGAACCCUGAGUAUCGUCUGUCGGUACAAAUAUGCAAUGCGACGGCGGACAAGCUACAACGGCACGUAUGUCAAUACUUCACAGAAGUCGUUGUGGAGCAAUCUCGCGCGGAGCAGUUCGACGAGGUGGCCAAAGCGCACAACCUGAUCAAGCGGCUGAACCGGUCAUGUCCGGCUCUGCUUCACAACGUGGUACCACAGCUGGAAGAGGAGCUCCGCGUGGCAGAGAGUCAGUUACGAAUUAUGGCGACACAAGUGCUAGGCGAGAUGUUCGCAGACAAAGGCGGUGCGGACUUCGUGCGCAAGUACCCGACGACAUGGAACGCGUGGCUCAUGCGGAAGAACGAUAAAUCGGCCGUCGUCCGACUGACUUUCGUCGAGGCGGUCAAGGGCGUGCUGAGCAACCUUUCCGACCAGCAGGAGACGCUUGAGGAGGUGAUACAGAGCAAGCUCUUUGAUCCUGAUGAGAAAGUGCGUGCGGCAGUGUGCAAGCUGUACUCUCAGCUCGACUAUGAGACAGCAUUGCAUCAUGUGUCUGCGGGCAUGCUGCGCGCUGUCGCUGGGCGCGGUCUCGACAAGAAGCAUGUCGUCCGCGUUGAGGCUCUCACUGCAGUCGGUCGGUUGUACAGCUUGGCGUACCCCGAAAUUGAGAACAACGAUCCGGCCGCAAUAACACAAUUCUCAUGGAUCCCAGAAGCAAUCUUGCACAUGGCCGCGACUACUAUAGAAGUGAAAUCCAUCGCAGAGCAGAUAGUCGCUGACUACAUCUUCCCUCUUCCUUCGCCACCAUCCAGCUCAUCGUCGAAGAGUAACGGUGACGUUGACGAGGCUGCCUGGACGGAUCGCUUGCUCUAUGUUAUGACGUUCCUGGAUGAGCAAGCCAUCAACGCCCUUCUGAGCUUCUCCGGAAUGAGAGGACUGACACGCCCUGCUACGGAACGAUUCGUGCAAGCCUGCAUCGAUUAUAACGGAGGUGUCAUAGACGAAGACGAGGAGAAGGUCACAGAGCACCUCAAGCUUUCCGCAAGACGGGUCGCAGGUACCUUCCCGGACCCCCAGAAAGCGAUGGAAGAUCUCCACGCCUUCGCAAAGCUCAACGAGGGCCGUCUGUAUAAGCUUCUGAAGACGUGCAUGGACACACAAGUGGAUCUGAAGAGUCUCGUCAAGUCCACAAACGAGUUUCUCCGCCGAAUGGAGCAAUCAUCGUCCUCUCUUGUUCCGACAAUGACGAUCUUUCUUCGUCGCGCGAGCCUACGACUUGUGAACCAAUCCUCCGUACCCACACUCAUCAAGCGCGUGCAGAAAGGCGACUCUGCAGACGGAGUAGGGUCAAGCCAAGGGGAUGCACUUGCCCAGAAUGCACAGAUCUGGAUGAACCAUAUCGCCAAGCACGGCCCUGCAGUGUACAAGUCCCAUGUAGGGGAGCUCUCGAAAGCUAUCGCAGACGAGAAGAACGCGAGGCUCGUCGAGGUGUGUUUGCAAGGUCUUGCGGCGGUGUCGCAGUUCGACAAGAAGCUUGCGCCGAGCGAUAAGAGAACGUUGGACAGAGUGAUGAAGUUCGUCAUGAGUUCAAAUGCUCGUCACGCCAAGUUCGCAGCACGCAUCCUCGCGCACUGCAAAGAUUCAGAAGAGGCGUGUGGGACAGUAGUCGAGUCUAUCGCUGACGUUCUCCCGGAAGCCGAGCCCGAUCUUCUUGCCGCGCAUAUAGUUGUACUGGCUCAGCUGGCGCUCAAGGCACCAGAUGCCUUCGAACAGAAGAGCGACGUUGUCACGAGCUUCCUCAUCAAGAAAGUGCUCAUGAAGAGCCAAGACGAAAAUGAUGAAAUGGAUACGGAAGAAGAGUGGGUCGAAGACUCUGCGAUGACGCCGCUGCUCAGAGCGAAGCUCUACGCGCUGAAAGUCUGUCGAAAUCGGUGUCUUGCGCAUGCGUCUUCCGAGACUGCUGUCGAGAUCGCGCGACCGGUCCUAAAGAUGUUUGUCGCAUUGCUACAGCACUCUGGGUCGCUAACGGCGGAUGGGCAUGACAAUGCGAAGACAAAGGCACGGCUCCGGUUACAGGCUGGCAUCUCCAUGCUGCAUCUCGGCACUGUGGAAGCGUUCUCCAACGAGAUCACCGUCAACUUCAUACUGGUUGCCAUUACUAUUCAGGACCCUUGCUAUCAAGUCCGUAUCAGCUUCAUGGACAAACUGGUUGGCUUGAUGACCGCACGGAAACUGGGACCUAGCUACAAUGUUAUUCCUUUCCUUUCCGUGCAUGACCCGGAGGCCGAUGUGAUCAACAGGGCAAAAGCAUACGUGACGGCUGCGUUGCGUAGUAUGCCCAAAGCGUUCCGCCUGCAACAGUUCGAGAUCAUCUUCAUCCGCCUACUCCACCUCGUCGCCCACCAUCCAGACUUUGCCGUCAAUUCAGAGACAUUGCCAGACCUUGCGAAAUACUUUGACUUUUACCUGGAACAAGUCGCUAAUGCAGAGAACAUCUCGCUGUUAUAUCACCUCGCCAUGAAGGCAAAGACAGUGCGGGAUGCCCACUCGCACCAGUACAGCGAGAACUUGUAUGCUGCGAGCGAAAUGGCGCAGCACCUGAUCAAGGCUCGUGCGAAGCAACAUUCGUGGAGUCUGGAGAGCUAUCCGGGCAAAGUUCGGUUGCCGGGAGACAUUCUCCGGCCGCUGCCUAGCGCGGAAGCGGCCAGCCAGAUCAUCAAGACGGUGUAUCUUCCUGAUGAGACCUUGGCAUGGCUCAAGGAGCAUCACAAGACACAGCCGAGAGCCGCCCAGGAGCCCAAGCAGGAGAAACCUCGUGCCGAGCGUAAGACGACCGGCAAGCGAAAAGCCCCUGUGGCGAAAACGAAUGGAGCAGCCAAGCGGACACGAACAAGCGCAAAGCGCCGCAAGGCUGAUGAAUCUGACGAAGACGAACCUUCAUCCUCGUCACCAUCGGAUGAGGAGGACGAGGGCAGUGCAGAGCGUGCGACGGAACCCGCCGAUUCAGAGGGUGAGGCGAAUGGCCACGAAUCUGAAGAGAAGGAGGAGAAGCUGAGCCGAGGGGCGAGGACACGGGCCAAGAUUAAGCAGCAAGCCAAGAAGCCUACAAAACGGAAGGCGAGGGGCCAUUCUCCGAAUAAAUUGCUCCUGUAG